AUGAUCUUUUCCCUUUCACAUUCCUCACAUCCGUCCGUCCAUUCACUCGUGGUAGAAUGCCAACUCCCCCUCGACUCGCGCCACGCCAAUUGGGCAGAGGCCAUUCAACCCGCGCGUCGGUUCGCCAAGGCGCCUGACUACUCGCUCAUCACGCCUAUCCUCUACGCGCCUCUCUUCCCACUAAUACGCAUCACGCUGCGCCACAAGCCCAAGCUGAGGGACCGACUCUUCGUGACUGCUGUGGCCAGCGCGUUCCUGCACGGCGCAUACAUGAACUACCGAUUCUAUAAUGCAGAGAGCUAUCAACAAUCACAAAGAACCUGA